AGCAGGGUGCGGUCACGUGGCGCGCCUUUGACCAGGCAAGGAGCACUGGCUAACCGCACUUUGGGGAGCAGCAUCUCCGCACAGACGCCUUUACACGCGUGGAGUCAGGGCUCUUGCCACCUCAUUCUGUUGAAACGCUGACAGUGUCCCAGGACCCUUUGCAGGGUUAGUCAUUUGAGUGUGAGCGCGCGCAUGUUUUAAUUAACCGGUGCAUACCCAUUUCUUAACUAAUAAAGUUAACGGGAUACUGAACCGAGCACACCGGAGGCGACAAAAUGACGGCGGUCGAAACCCAAGUGCAAUACACUACAACCUACGUGACGACGGAGGAAUACAUGACCCAGGAAGAGGACUGGGACAGGGAUCUCCUGCUGGACCCCGCCUGGGAGAAGCAACAGAGGAAGACCUUCACAGCCUGGUGUAACUCUCACCUGCGCAAAGCUGGCACCCAGAUCGAGAACAUUGAGGAGGACUUCAGGAAUGGCCUCAAACUCAUGCUGCUGCUGGAGGUGAUUUCAGGUGAGAGGUUGCCCAAACCAGACAAGGGCAAGAUGCGCUUCCACAAGAUCGCCAAUGUGAACAAGGCCCUGGACUUCAUCUGCAGCAAGGGCGUCAAGCUGGUGUCCAUCGGCGCCGAGGAGAUCGUGGAUGGCAACGUGAAGAUGACUCUGGGGAUGAUCUGGACCAUCAUCCUGCGUUUCGCCAUUCAGGACAUCUCAGUGGAGGAAACGUCUGCCAAGGAGGGUCUGCUGCUGUGGUGUCAGAGGAAGACUGCCCCCUACAGGAACGUUAAUGUGCAGAACUUCCACAUCAGUUGGAAGGAUGGACUGGCUCUCUGUGCCCUCAUCCAUAGACACAGACCUGACCUCAUUGACUACUCCAAACUGCGAAAGGACGACCCCAUCGGCAACCUCAACACCGCUUUCGAAGUGGCCGAGAAGUUCCUGGACAUCCCCAAGAUGUUGGACGCUGAAGACAUCGUUAACACCCCGAAGCCUGACGAGAAGGCCAUCAUGACCUACGUGUCCUGCUUCUACCACGCCUUUGCCGGGGCGGAACAGGCUGAGACGGCUGCUAACAGGAUCUGCAAAGUGUUGGCUGUGAACCAGGAGAACGAGAGGCUGAUGGAGGAGUAUGAGAAGCUGGCCAGUGAGCUUCUGGAGUGGAUCCGCCGCACCAUCCCCUGGCUGGAGAACCGUGUGGCAGAGCAGACCAUGCGCGCCAUGCAGCAGAAGCUAGAGGACUUCCGCGAUUACCGCCGCGUCCACAAGCCCCCGCGCGUGCAGGAGAAAUGCCAGCUGGAGAUCAACUUCAACACGCUGCAGACCAAGCUGAGGCUGAGCAACCGGCCCGCCUUCAUGCCCUCCGAGGGCAAGAUGGUGUCGGACAUUGCCAACGCCUGGAAGGGUCUGGAGCAAGUGGAGAAGGGCUACGAGGAGUGGCUGCUGACCGAGAUCCGCCGCCUGGAGAGGCUGGACCACCUGGCCGAGAAGUUCAAGCAGAAGUGCGGGCUGCACGAGUCCUGGACUGCAGGGAAAGAGGACCUGCUGACGCAGAAGGACUACGAGUCGGCCUCCCUGAUGGAGAUCCGUGCCCUGAUGAGGAAGCACGAGGCCUUCGAGAGCGACCUCGCCGCCCACCAGGACCGCGUGGAGCAGAUCGCCGCCAUCGCCCAGGAGCUGAACGAGCUGGAUUACCACGAUGCUGCCACCGUGAACUCCCGCUGCCAGGGCAUCUGUGACCAGUGGGACAACCUGGGCACCCUGACCCAGAAGAGGAGGGAUGCGCUGGAGCGUGUGGAGAAGCUGUGGGAGACCAUCGACCAGCUGUACCUGGAGUUCGCCAAGAGGGCGGCGCCCUUCAACAACUGGAUGGACGGGGCCAUGGAGGACCUGCAGGACAUGUUCAUCGUCCACAGCAUUGAGGAGAUCCAGAGUCUGAUCACAGCCCACGACCAGUUCAAGGCCACCCUCCCCGAGGCCGACAAGGAGCGCAUGGCCACCCUGGGCAUCCAGAACGAGAUCAUGAAGAUCGCCCAGACCUACGGCAUCAAGCUGUCCGGCAUCAACCCCUACACCAACCUCUCCCCCCAGGACAUCAGCAACAAGUGGGAGGCGGUGAAGCACCUGGUGCCCCUCAGAGACCAGAUGCUGCAGGAGGAGGUUGCUAGGCAGCAGGCCAAUGAGAGGCUGAGGCGCCAGUUCGCUGCCCAGGCCAACAUCAUUGGACCCUGGAUCCAAACCAAGAUGGAGGAGAUCGGCCACGUCUCGGUGGACAUCGCCGGCUCCCUGGAGGAACAGAUGAACAACCUGAAGCAGUACGAGCAGAACAUCAUCAACUACAAGUCCAACAUCGACAAGCUGGAGGGAGACCACCAGCUGAUCCAGGAGGCACUCAUCUUCGACAACAAACACACCAACUACACCAUGGAGCACAUCCGCGUGGGCUGGGAGCAGCUCCUCACCACCAUCGCCCGCACCAUCAACGAGGUGGAGAACCAGAUACUGACCCGCGACGCCAAGGGCAUCAGCCAGGAGCAGCUCAACGAGUUCCGGGCCUCCUUCAACCACUUCGACAGGAAGAGGAACGGCAUGAUGGACCCAGACGAUUUCCGCGCCUGCUUGAUCUCCAUGGGAUACGACCUGGGCGAGGUGGAGUUCGCCCGCAUCAUGACCCUGGUGGACCCCAACAACACGGGCGUGGUCACCUUCCAGGCUUUCAUCGACUUCAUGACCCGCGAGACAGCCGAGACCGACACCGCCGAGCAGGUCAUGGCCUCCUUCAAGAUCCUGGCCUCCGACAAGACCUACAUCACGGUGGAGGAGCUGCGCAGGGAGCUGCCCCCAGAGCAGGCCGAGUACUGCAUCAGCCGCAUGACCAAGUACAUCGGAGCCGACGUCCCACCCGGCGCCCUGGACUACAUCUCCUUCUCCAGCGCCCUCUAUGGAGAGAGCGACUUGUAAACGUCCCCUUUCCCUCCCCCUCCCCCUCUCCCUCUCCCUCCUCCUCUUCCUCCUGCCCAACCUCCCUCCACACCCCCCUCACCCGCCCCACUGGGUCCCGGCUCUGUAGUGCCCCUCUGAGGAAGCUGGGGGGUUUUGCUCAGACAGCUUUGCCCCUCCCCACACAUUCUUUCUGUUCCAUCAGCACAGGAAGAAUGGGUGCGUGAGGAUGCCGUGUGUUCGGCCUCGGGUUCGACCGUCGUUGGCCACUGCUGCAUGACGGACAGGCUGAGGCAAGUGUAAUGUGUCUAAUGUUUCUUACACCCCAAAAUUCUGACACCCGGGAUUUUACUGUAGGGAGGUCUGAGCAAAGCCCCCGCCCAACCCCUCUCUCCCCUCACCCCUCCCAUUCAAAAGAUUUUUUUGGAUAAGGAAAAUGAUGAUAAUGAUUAUUUUUGCAGAUGCAUGCUGUGUUUGUUGUAGAAAUGCUGUCCAUGUGAACCUCUGCCCGCCCCCCCCAACCCCCAAUAUAUGCGAUGAUGUCAUAGUGCACUUUGACAUGUCACAAUGGUCCCAGAGGAGACCCAACCCAGCCCCUCAGCCUCUCCUGUUUCAAAGCAAAACCCAGCCAAUGCAUCGCGUUCUCAAAACGUUGCCGUGACGUUGUGGCAUCGUUGAUUUGGUUGCCACCGCGUUACAGAAGAGCUAUUAGCGUAAUACUAUGAGAGCAGGGUAACGGCUUAAUGUUACUGUUGAAUUUCAGUGUCUCGUCUCGGGUCUCGAAGUCCUGUAGCAAUGUUGUGUUUGUAUGUUUUUGCAAAAUUGACUGAGGGUCAGUUUGGAUCCACAAGCUAGAGGUCUGGUCCGCGUCCUGAGAAAGGGGGGGGGGGUGACCCCUAUCGUGCACUGUCCAGGAGAACCACUGAUUAAACUCUGAGUAAAGGGUAAAUGAGAAACAGAAUGGCAAGAGGAGGAGAGUUAUCAGAAUCAGGAAAUCGAGCCCAUACCCCACGCCCACCCAGCACAGAGAACAGGGGGAAAUCUCCGGGGAAAGGGUGGGCUACCGCACGGCUUCGACGUGUUACACGAGUGAAAAGGGGGUUCUGAACGUGGCCGGAGAGCACCUUCAGAGAGAGGUGCAGGAGACCCCA